AUGAAAUGUAAACAACAGAGACACGGGAAAACUUUUUGCUUAUGGCAACAGAAAAAAGGAAAAACAAUUUUAUUGCGUCCAACGUCCACAAAAAUGUUACAACAUAAAGAUUUCCAUCGAGCAAUUGUUACUCGAUUUAAGGGAAAAGCAAGCGAAGCGAACGUGCAAAAAGCACAAAGCUCUCGUUCAUUGAGUUUAUGCCUGAUGGCGAAUAUUGAACAACAUCCAAAAGCAAGCAGGAAGUACUCAGAUUUAGAAUUUGGAAUCGAUACAUAA